ACGCACGAAUGACAACGAUACAUUUGAUCCGCUCAAAAUCAAAGUUGUACUUAUCUAUUAUCUACAACAAAUUUCACCAAAUCAUAGCGGAUUUGUACACAUAAUUUUAUCUGAAGCAGGGGAGGGAGAGUUAAACGGGGUGGGCUCUGAGGAUCUACAAAUAUAUUAUAGCCGAGUUGGAGGCAGUUUUUCAGCAUUUCAAAUUUUCUGCAAUGAGAGCGAAAGUAGGAAGGGUAAUUGUGUCUUCACAAUCAUUAUUUAUUUUUUAUUCAUAAGAAAAAAUUACAUCAAUAUCGGGAUUCGAACCAUGCUCUUUCCAAACUAAGAUAGCAACCAUUAUCAAUUACGCUAAAGAAAUCUUUUAUAUCUUUUCUAGUAAAAAAUCUAAAAACCUGAAAUCUAAAAAUCAUACGACUUUUCCACUACUGUUAGCUAGCCCACUAACUUUCCUGUAAGUACUUUCUUUGUUAUUUGAUAUUUGAAUUAUCAUAUUUUGAGUAUUUUAAUUUGAUUUUACUAAUAAAUCUAAUUUAUGUCUAUCUUAUAAAUGGAGGAUAAUUUUGAAAUUGAAACCCAAAUAUCAUUGAUUCAAAUAUUACAUAUUGAAUGUGUAGAUGUGAUGUAGAAUUCUUAACUUGGUAUUAAUUUUUAGAACUAUUAAAGCAACGAUAUUGUUAUGCAAACUGUAAGUGACCAGUUUUUUUUAAAAUUUUAGUUUGGUUUACUGUUAAAUCUUCACUCUCGUGAUAAUAUGGCACGAUUUUUCAAAUGGGUGAGUUUAAAAGAACACAAUUUCUGAAUACCAAUUUUUCUAUAUGAUUUCAAUUAUUUAAAUAUUUUAUCUUAUAUGAUAAUUGACCAUAUGUAUUAUUUAUAGUUAAUUAAUUUAAAAUAAAAUAACCACAAUACAAGACAAAUCAUGAAAGUCGAGCCGGAGUUUUCAUGGAUGCAUUGAUGUGCUCAUGUGCGCUAGGAAGGUAGGUACCACAAGAUAGGUUUCUUUUUUUUUAGUGAAUAAGAUUGUACUUCAACUAAAUUUAGAGUAUGUCGGUUGAUAAAUAAUUUUUUCAUUGCAUAGAGUAUGGAUGGAAAAUGUUAUUUUCCUACUAAUUAAUUUUGUUAUUGUAUUGUGCAGAAUACUUUAAGGUUUAUAUACUAUUAUAUAUGUAUUGUUCUCAAGCAUAAGAAAUAAAUAUUGAAUAAAGGUUAUGAUCAUGAGUUUCCUAUUUAUGCUACGCUUUUUUAGACAAACUCUUAUUUUGUUAUGUCAAUUUUCUCUUCAGAGUGACUACAUCAUUAAAUUGACAUACGAAUGGUUAUUCACGAGUGUUAUAACCAAGGUUGUUACACCUCUACCGGGUGGAUGAUUGGACUAGAUCCGACCAAAGUCGUGCUCCAAAACCGGCUCUACAAAGCCAAUGUCUGAUCGUUAGAGAGGGAGAAGAAGAAAGAGGGAAGGGGGAGGGGGAGAGAGGCAAGAGGAUGGUGGAUGGAUCUUGAAAUAAGUAUGUUUUCUUAUGGAAUUUGGAUUUUUAAUAGAUAUAAGUUAUUACAUUCCAUUUUAGUCACUAAAUUUCUAUCUUAUAUGUAAAUAUAUUUAGAAAAGGUGUAAAACGGCUCAAACAGGUUGGACCUCAAUCAAACCAUUAAACUUCAAAUUACUUGCUUGACCCGGCUCAACAACUUGAACUAGAUGGACAACUUUGGUUAUAACAACAAUUAAGCUUACAAUGUUCAUCAUUGAUGAAAAGUUAUAAGAAUUUCAAAAAUGGAAAAAUAAUUUUGAUCUCACCUAAAUGUCAUGCGAAAUUCUGCAUUUCAAGUAAUUUAAAAUUUUUAAAUACACAUCAUACAUAUAUUGUAUUCAAUGACAUUCCGACCAACGGGUCGGACAACAAGCUAGUUAAAAAUGGGUAAAUUAGUAUGAUAGUUAAUUGGAAAUAAAAAUUAGGGUGCGUCUAAUUGAAAAUGGUUGACCGAGAGAUCAUAUGCUCGAAUCUUGGCUACUCCAUUUGUUAAGCACGUGGUAUUUGAAUUUGUGAAAAGUUUAAUCAUGUGUAAGUUGGUUUUCAUUAGCAAAGAAGUAUUGUAAUACAUAUAUUUUCUAAAUGGACCCACCUUGGAUAAAAUCCUGCCUAUGAUUCCAACUAUAGCAUGGUAUUAUACAAUGUAGCAUGGUUUCUUCACCGACUUGAAGAUUCAGCAGCUUUUCGUAUUGUGGGAUGUGAACUGAAUCCAAGUAAUCAUUUCCAGAGAAUAAAAGUAGCUUCUUGAACUGUCCAGUUUGUUGCUGUUUACACCAUAAAAUUUGUCUUGUACCACAUUGGUGAGUUACAAGAUAAUCAAUGAGUUUAAGUCCGCACCCAUUAUAACAAUUAAUAUUGUUUAAGUUGGGCCUUAUGGAUAUUGAUUUUAAGCCCAAGCCACUAAGUCUGGAGAGUGACAUGUUGCCUCAGCGAAGAGGGUCAUGCCCAUCUAAAAUCUAGAAGCAUGUGCCGCCUCAUGAAGAGGGCCAUGUCCAUCUAGAAAUCGAGGAGCACAUGCCGCCCCAAGAUCAAGACUGAAUGACUGAAAAAUAAACUAAGUCUGGAAGAGGUACAUGCCGCUUCAAGGAGAAGCACGUGCCAUCUCGCUUCACGAGAAGAGGCAUGGACGCGAGACGUCCAUGCCGAGUCAGGAGAAGGGGAAUGGAUGGGAGACAAGAGGUUUAGGCAUGAUUGAAAAACUAAGUAUGAGAAAACCAUGCCACCUCAAGAGAAGAGCCAUGUGCAUGAUUGGGAGAUCCAUGGCCGUGUCACGAGAGGGGCCAUGGACACAAGGCCGCGAAUCACACUUCAAAGAAGACAAAGAUAUUCUAAGUGUGGAGAAGGACUUGUCGCUUUAACGAGGAGGGUCAUGUCUCUCUAGAGAUCGAGAAGGUCAUGCCGUGUCACAGGAUGGGCCACGAGCAUGAAUGAGAGGUCCAUGGCCGCGAAUGAAAAGGCCAUGCCGCCUUAUGACCAAAUUCGAAUGACCUAAAAAUAUUCUAAGUCUGGGAAGAACAUGCCGCUUCACGAGAGGGGCCAUGUGCACGAUUGAGAGGUCCAUGCCGCCGCAUGAGAGGGGCCAUGGACACAAAUAAAAAGGGUGUGGUGAUGGAGCAUUAUAUCACUGGUGAAUAUGUCUCAAGAAGCAAGAAGACCACGACCCCCUUUGUGAGAUACCACAUGCUUAUCAAAAGACUAGCAUAACACGAGAUUCAGAACAAGACCAGGCGAGGCAAGCUACACUCCAAGACCCACGACAGUUACAAGAGAGGCCCCUAGGCGGUUGAAAGAGUAACCACCACUCCGAGGAAGCAUGGAGCGAUUCUUUGUAGCAGUUAUCCAACAAGCGGUUUUCUAUGGCGGUUACCUCCUCGUGGCUAUAAAUAAGAGGAGGGGUGAACAUAGAAAAAGGUUCCAAAACCAACACUCUGACACACAUGUCAAGUUUAUCCUAUACCUUUUCUCUAUCAUGUAGCCAUAGAUGUAGUUCGUAGUUUGGAGCUCUCGCCGAACCUCCAUAGGAGUAGAAGUAAUUUAAUUUAGAUUUGUUCCUAAAAACCAUCAAUCAAACACCCUCGUUCAAACUUUAUUUGAAGAGGUGUAAGCCGUGUCUUAGUAAUCGUUGUCCAAAGAAGUCAAAGGUGCAAUCAAUCUCAAUUCAACACAAGAAGUUUUCUCGCUGAAAAACAGUUGCUCAACACAAUCAUUAAUACAAGAUUCUCUUCUCCUCAUGAUCACAAGUGCAUGCAAUGCAACUGCUCCAAGCAAUAUCCCUGAUGAAGCAGCAGGUCUGCAAAAAUAGCAUCCACUAGCUCGUUGGUAUCAAUUCUCUACAAGCCUACCCACCCAUUUGCACCAAAUUCGAGCUUAGGAACAGAAAAAAACUGUACAAUCCAUGCUAAAUGCAUUCCCAAUGAAAUCAAGUCAAAUUAUAUCAAUUCAACAAGCAAAUGGAUCAGAAUCCGAACAAACAUAAAAAAAAAAAAAAAACCUAGUGAAUCGGGGAAAUAAAGUAGCCAGCCACGCCAGCUACCUACCUAGUUUUUAGACGAGAGAGGGAGUUGGAGCUCUCACCACGGAUCUCGACGCAGAGUGCGAAGAAGGAAAGGAACGACAGAAAGCCGCCAGGAAGGAGAAGAGACGGAGGUGGUGGAGUUGUAAUUACAUACCCAAAGGCAGUAGACUAGGAGGCCGGCGGUGGUUGUUAUGAUCAUGACGAUGAUGAUGAUUGUGGGUAGGGAUGACAAUCAAACUCAUGAUUGUGAGUAUCCGAUCGUAUUCGAUCCAGUCAACGCAGAGAAUCUCCCCAUACCCAUACUCGUCCUGUCAAACAUAUUUCUUCAUAUAUAUAAAUUAUAUAUAGAUCAAAUUGUAACCUCUCAAUGAUAAUGAAGACAAUUCAUGAAAAUAAAUGGGUAAUUAGCAUAAACGGUCACAAACAUAUUCACUUUGUACGAAACGAUCACAAACCUUUGAUUUUGUACGUUUCAGUAACAUAUGUUUGAGAAAGUAAAGAAAUGAUAAUUCCUUCUAUCUCCAUCCGAAAAUUUGUUAGGUUAGUUCAAUCAACACGUCACGUCACA